AAACGGCUUGCAUGUGUCCAACAAAAGCCUUCCAAAAGGCUACAACAACGACCCGGGGGUCUAGUAAAGGGACCUUUUGUUUCCCCGCCCGCGCAAUUAAAGUUUGUGUAUGAAUUCGAGGUUGAUAAAUCAAUACCUACCCCACCCCCGGGCGUCGGGUGGUCUUGUUUCAAAGCUUGAUUAAAAAUGCCCGGGUUUUGUCGGACGUGUUAUUGGAAAUGUCGGUCUGUAGAAUAAGAGACGUGUCACUUGACAGAUUUUUAAAAAAAUGUUGAGGUAACCAGAGUUCAAGGGAGAUUUUGGAGACGAUAAAGGUGAAUGUGAGUUUGGAACAGAUGGAAGGGACAUUUUCUGUGAUCAAAUGCUCUAUACAAGAAAAGGUGAGUCUGAUAAACUAUGUUUUUAAAAAAUUCAUUAAUAUAUUGGAAUAUAAAUAGGAUUAUUUUUCUUUUUAAAUGUGUAGAUCGUUUAUAAAACAGAUUAACUUUAGCUAAGAUAACAGAAAGACAUAUCGAUUGAACUUUUAACAAAAAAGAAUUCUUCUUUAAGAAAACAAAAUUGUUUACAUCAAAUAAAGAUUGAAAGAGAUUAGGGGAAAUUUAAGCAAUAAAUCUCUAAUACAAUGUGUCAUAUCUUCAAAUGGCCUUUUAAAAAUGAAUUACCAAGAAAUUCAGGGAAGGAAACUUUGUCAGGUAAUCAGCUCAAUUCAUCGAAUAAUACCGCAAACGUAACCCGUGUAGUCUAUGACAAACAAAAAACACUUCAAGUUAAAUUUAAAAAAGGGGUAGAAACGAUAUUUUAUUUAUUUUUAAAUUAUUUUUUUGGUAACGUAAAUACAGAUAUCGAAUGUUUUCAAUUGACACUGAAAAUUUUUAUAAAGAUAAUGAAUGAUAAUUAGUCUUUUUUAUCUUCCAGAUUACGUUCAAAGGAUAGUAUCUAUUGCUGAUUCCCGUGCAAUACAGCCACCGCAUCAGUCAGCAACUGUAUAACUUUCAACUUCACAUGCCAGCAUCGCGCGUCUGACAUAUCGACCUUUCUGUCAAAUUUAGUAAAAACUCACAAAUUCUCACCAUCGCCUUCAUUCGAUGCAGUCACGAACUUCGUUUUAAACGCACAUAACUAUUUUACAAACAAACAAGUUCCCCAUCUUCCAGCCAAAGGUCACGAUGAGAAACUCACCUUGGCUCCAUCAGAGCAGGUCUGACUCUGCCCAGCCCAUCGCGUGGCAGCGCGACCCGCCGUCCAUCUCCAAAGGAGAACAGGACGAUAUGGUGGACCGGAUCUCCCGCCCUACGGAGAGCGCCCUCUACCGCCAGUCUCUCUACUGGAAGUUGGACUCGUUCAUGGACCGGGGCCGUGCCUCCUGGACGAAGAUGAACCUGUUUGAUGACUAUCAGAGGUGCAUGUGGACGCCAGAGGGCGCCGUCAAGAACACGUGCAAGAUUCGUCCCCAUGAGAAGGUCCGUCUUCCGAACGUGACAUCCCGACACCUGCAAACAAGCCAAAGUGUGGACAGCAGCACGCACGGCAAAGCCAUUAACGUGAGCUCGAAUAACAUCGGUCCACAUGCGGGCGACAACACGUCACGUCAUCAAACCGGAUGUCACCCCGCUACCUUUGGACUUGAAGGCGGCCGCUGUCAAUAUGGCCGCCGUGGUGACGUCGGCGGUUACGUCGGCUCCUACAGACAUCCACCGACGGCUUUACCAAUGAUAACUGAUAUGAGAAAGUCAGCUUCCAUCUGAUCAUCUGUGGGGCGGCAUUAGACUAAUUCAAUAUGCCGACUUCACACAAUAUAGAGGAGAUUUGAAAGGAGGAUCCCAACUGGUUUAUAAAGACAUUCAUUUCAAAUCAGUCAUUUAACAAAUGUAAUGCACAUUUCAAAAAGAAAAAUCAUUUACAAUGUUUUAGAAAAAAAUGAAAAAGUUCUUUGUUAAGUUUCUUUUCCAUUAUUUCACUUUACAUUUUUUUUUCGUUCAAAUGAAAAUACGGAAAUUCAAUGAUUCCACCUACAACAGUAUCCUAACAGUAUGAUUAAAAAAUGUGAGUGUGGUUUGGGGGGGGGGGAUUGUUAUCAUACAGUUAGGAUAAUGAUAAUUGGGGAAAAGUUUGUUAGUCUUCAUAAAAGGUUACGCAGCUACAUUACAUCAUUUGUACCUGGUAUUUUUUUUUCGUUCAAAUGAAAAUACGGAAAUUCAAUGAUUCCACCUACAACAGUAUCCUAACAGUAUGAUUAAAAAAUGUGAGUGUGGUUUGGGGGGGGGGGGAUUGUUAUCAUACAGUUAGGAUAAUGAUAAUUGGGGAAAAGUUUGUUAGUCUUCAUAAAAGGUUACGCAGCUACAUUACAUCAUUUGUACCUGGUAGUUUUGGCAUCUGACCGUUACAAAGAAAUGAUUGCGUAACUUAGCAUGGCUCGUUGUUUGCGAGCACAGCACUGUCAAAGAAAAAAAAUCACCACAUAUCCAAGCACCAUCGUAUAGAUGGGACUCGUCAGCCUUGGACGGUGGCUCAACAGAGUGAAGUAAAACUUUGACUACAAGCCUGCAUCGGUUAGGCUACGGGAAGAAGGCCCUUCGGGAUAUUUCGGGGGAUUGAGUCCCCAAAUCGGACGGACUCUCAAGAAACCCCAGAAACUACUUAAGACACAGUCAGCAGUGCCACCAGCUGCAUGAAGAGGGUGGAGCUGUUGCAUGAGAAACGGUUGGCACUCCAUGAAAUACUUUUCCCAUAAUUCGUAGUUUGACUAAUAACCAGCGAGAUUAAACCAUCGUCUCGUGAAGAUGGAAGAACGCCACGCACGCACACACAAAUUUAAAAAAAAAAUAUAUUAAAAAUGAUCUAUUUGAUUUGUUCUAUUCUGCAUAACUUUCUCUCAUUUAUUUUAAAAUCCCUGGCAUGGAAGCAAUCCGCCAGCGAAUGGGACUUUUUGAGUCCAUCUCAAUAAUAUAUAUAGAAAAAAAAUAUGUCGAACAUAGUCAAGAGGAUAAAGGAUGCAAACAUGUCAUGGGAGCUCAGUUCUCUUCCCAUAUCAAGGGGCAACAUGCUUAUAACCAUGGAUGCCAGCAGCCUAGGUCAGGAGAAGGGGCGUCAGGCGAGCUUCCUGAAAUGACUCAACUAUAAAAUAGGAUAGAGCCAAAAAAAAAUUAAAAAAUUAAAAAAAUUCAGCUAAAUCCCAAAGCCAGAAGUAUCUCAUUAAUUAAUAAGUCAGUUAAUUUUUGGGUAAUUAAAAAAAAAAAUCAAUUUUUUUAAUUUCUUGUAACAUGAAUGCUUUGAGUUACGCGUUAAAGGCUGCCCCCACCCCCUUAUCUUUCACUGUAAUUUACGAUAAACAAAUUCUGCGAGCGCCCUUGUUGUCACAGGCGGGGGAAAUUGUGUUUUCACUUGAGCAAAAAUAAAAAAAAAAUAAUAAUAAAAUAACUGAUGCC